CACAAACAGUCAAAUGAAGGAGAAAAGCAAAACAAUUAACUCUAGCUUAUGAGAUUCUCCAGCAGUCAAUAAGUCCCACUCCAUUCCUCCUUCUAUGUAGGGGGACAACUGGACUUAAAUAUAUAUAUAUAUAUAUGUAUAUAUACAUCAGCACCAAGAAUAGAUCAAGUUAAGAUUCUGGGUUUUGUGGGAUAACGGAACUUUAGACAGAGCACAGAGAUAUGAGGCCAAAUUGGGAGUUGAAGAAUUGCUGUAACCAUCAGCAAGUAGUGUUUCUUGUCACUGUCUCUGUCUGCGCAGUUGUUAUUCUUGCGUUAUGGAGAACAGUACUUCUGAAACCAUUCAAGCUUGUGACGGUAUUCCUUCACGAGGCCAGCCAUGCUAUUGCUUGUAAAUUAACAUGUGGUCAUGUGGAAGGAAUUCAGGUUCAUGCAGAUGAAGGUGGAACCACUCAAACUCGUGGUGGCAUAUACUGGUUGAUCUUGCCUGCUGGAUAUCUCGGUUCCUCCUUUUGGGGAAUGGUUUUAAUACUUGCAUCCACAAAUCUUCUUACAUCAAGAAUUGCAGCAGGAUGUUUUGUUGCUGCUCUACUUGUUGUACUGUUGGUGGCUAAAAAUUGGACUCUUCGAGGACUUUGUAUUGGGUUUGUUGUUUUCCUUGGGGUGGUUUGGGUCCUGCAAGAAACAACAAAAGUUCGUAUUCUUCAGUACACUAUUCUAUUCAUUGGUGUAAUGAACAGCUUGUUUUCAGUUUAUGAUAUCUAUGAUGAUCUGAUAUCCCGUAGAGUUCAUUCUAGUGAUGCUGAGAAAUUUGCAGAAGUUUGCCCUUGCCCAUGCAAUGGCAUGGGCUGGGGCAUCAUUUGGGGUUUAAUAUCAUUCUUGUUUCUUUGUGGGGCCGUGUACCUUGGCAUAGUGAUAUUGUCUUGAGGAUUAGGAAUUCUGCUUCAACUUGUUUAAUCACGCUGAGAUUGGAGAAGAUGUCAUUGCAAUUUGCAGCUUUUAACAAAUGGCAUCUCAUUUUACAGAGGAAAUGCUUGCAAAUGGAAUUGGUUUCAACUUCUUUACAUUUACACAAAACGAGCUAUUGCUCAUUUGUACUUUGUAGUUUGUUGAAAUCCCAUAAGCAAAAGUAAUCCAAUAUUCAGAUACAUCCCAUUCAAA